UGUCCAGUAACAUAUCAGUUCUGUCAUAAGAUGAAACUGUAUGACAUCAGUAGCCUAAUUUAAUGCAUUCUAAGUGAGUUUGACGAGUAAUUUUUUGCAUACUGUUCUCACUAUAUAGUUUUAUAACAGCAUGCAUAUAAUAAUCUGAGGUGAUUUCACUUUGACUUUGCGACAGGAUGUGGUAAAAAUGGAAACCUGUUGCUUGAACUGAGGAAAUAGCAUGUGAAGGACAUCAGCCUACACACUCUCUGACUUGGUCUUGUAACUUUGACACCUUGGAUGUCAUGCAACAUGUACAUUUCACAUCUUUGGAUAUUUUUUGGUGCUUUGGUGUCUUCAAACGCUCGGGACCACUGGAAUACAAGAUGUAAAGAGAUCACCGUCAACGCCUCUCUGAAAUCUGAAGUUCUUCUCCCAUGUCACUUUAAUAUAAGCCGCUACGAUGAAACAGUGACAGUGAAUUGGACCAAAGACUUUGACUAUCCCAGUCUUGUGACAAUCUUUAUUAAUGGCAGAAUCUUCUUUGACAGUCGUAGUGAAGGACGAGUGAAUGUUUUUCCGCUUCUAUCUAAACAUGGAAACUUCUCCAUCCUCGUCCAUGAUCUGCAGUCUUCAGACAUCGGCACAUACACAUGUGAGCUGACCAGUGAAUGCUGGAGGGUGAAGAUCCAUGAACAUGUGAAGAUCAAUGAACGUCCACACAGAAUCAGUGAGUUCAACCCCUGGUUCUACUUUGCAGCUGGAGCUGGAUUGUUUAUUCUCCUUUUUGUUGCAUUCAGCCUGUUAUCAAAAUUCUACGGAAAGUGUCUAAGUACAUCAUCCAAGUCUGAUCCAGUUAAUGGCGUACAGAGCGAAGGUAGUAAUUUCCCUGAAGAAACACAGAAUACAGAAAGCAGUGGACAUAGAAACAAGAGGGGCGUGAGGAGGGGCCCCUCAACUGUUUAUGAAAAUGACAUACAUUUUCCAAAUCAAAGUUCUGCAAUGCAGCAGGGGCAACAUCCUCAGAGAGCCUUCAGAGCUGUUCCUGAGCCAACAAUCCAUCCUUCAGAUGUAAUAUCAUAUUAUGUCAACCAGGCGGAGCUCUCCAAUCCAGCAAAUGCUGGCAAAAAACGGAAAAAACAAAAACAUUUUCAGUUUAAAAAUCCAAUAUACAACGACUGAAGUGAUCAGAAGUCAACGACAGAAUCCAGAAUACACAUUUCAGACUGUUUAUAAUUUUCCAUUAUAAACAGUUCAAUAUCUCAAUAAAUGCUGUUGUUUAACAUGGUUCAUGGAAAUCACAUUCAUUUCAUUCAAAUAAAAUCUGUUAAGUAAUAUACACAAAUCACUGAAUGAUAAACUAAUGCUUGAGAAUUAUCCUUAUAGAACAUUCAGUUUGUCACAAUUUUGUGAAAUGUCUGAAAUUCUAGUUUGCAGAAAUGAGCAAAUACAUUGUUGGAUAUUUUGAUCUGGUGGUCACUUGUUUUCCGAACAUAAUUAGUCAUAAAAUUCUCUCUUUUAAAUAAAAAUUCUUGUAAAUCUU